GGGGGAUGGGGGAGGCCGAGCGAUUGCCGAGUGCUUCCGAGCGGGACACGGAAAUUCCCGAAGUGGAGAAAGCCGAGCGGCAGCCAAACGGAAAAGCCCGAAAGGGGUCGGAAAUACCCGAGAUCACUCCUCUGCCGAAGAUCCCAACAAGACAACAUGGCUCCCAAGAAGCCUGAGCCUAAGAAGGAGGCGGCCAAGCCAGCUCCAGCUCCAGCCCCUGCACCAGCCCCUGCCCCAGCUCCUGAGGCUCCCAAGGAACCUGCCUUUGACCCCAAGAGUGUAAAGAUAGACUUCACUGCUGACCAGAUUGAAGAGUUCAAAGAGGCCUUUUCAUUGUUUGAUCGGACCCCAACUGGAGAGAUGAAGAUCACCUACGGCCAGUGCGGGGAUGUACUGCGGGCCCUGGGUCAGAACCCUACCAACGCCGAGGUGCUGCGCGUGCUGGGCAAGCCCAAGUCCGAAGAGAUGAAUGUCAAGAUGCUGGACUUUGAGACAUUCUUACCCAUCCUGCAGCACAUCUCCCGCAACAAGGAGCAGGGCACCUAUGAGGACUUCGUGGAGGGCCUGCGUGUCUUUGACAAGGAGAGCAAUGGCACGGUCAUGGGUGCUGAGCUUCGGCACGUCCUUGCCACCCUGGGAGAGAAGAUGACUGAGGCUGAAGUGGAGCAGCUGUUAGCCGGGCAAGAGGAUGCCAAUGGCUGCAUCAAUUAUGAAGCCUUUGUCAAGCACAUCAUGUCGGGGUGAAGCAGAGUCUUCCAGAUCCAGACCAUGUACAGUUGGCCCUUGAACAGCAUGGGCUUGAACUGUGUGGAUCCAUUUAUAUACAGAUAUUUUUCAAUAAAACGUACACUGAGUGUGCCUGUCCCUCCUGCGUCUCCUUUCACCUCCACCUCCUCUUCCACCUCUGCCACCCUGGGACCGCAAGACCAACCCUUCCUCCUCAGCCUACUGGACAUGAAGAUGAGGAAGAUGAAGGCCUUGAAGAUUAGCCACUUCUACUUAGAAGUAAAUAUAUUUUCUUUUCCUUAUGAUUUUCUUAAUAUUUUCUUUUCUCCAACU